CACGACGCGUGGGCGUCGACGGACACGCAGAAAUGAUUCUCACGCGUCGGUCGAAGUAGUGAUUCGUUUGUUUUGGAAUCGACUGUCCACGUGGAACCAUAGAGGGACCAUCUCGGAAGCCAUGCCGGCUGACGAGCUCGCUGGAAAUCGACACAGAGGCAGACCGAGGUUACAGCCGCCCUAACGAACCGCUAUUCUCAUCGGCAAGGUCGUCCCGCGAAUUUAAACAUGCCUUAAUCGUGGUUUCGUUUCGCCGCCAAGACUCGUGUCUCCAGUGAUUCCGUCCCCCCACCCCUGAAAGGGUCCCCGGGGUCGUGCGCGUCGACGAAUCGCUGGAACCCAGAGCGGAAACGACCGUUAAAGGAUACACGGAAAAACUGGAUUCGACCGUGUUCGUAGACACGACGGUAUUUCCCGUCGCGGCAGCAUCGUUCGCUCGCCGAUGGCGUAAACCGACUUUGAAAGACAGAGGCGAAUCCAGUUCGUCGGUUUGAGGAAGCGACCGAACCCUGGACGCAAUUAUCCGCGUACCGAUGUCGCUUCCUGUGCGUUCCACCUGAUGUCGGACAACGUCGACGAGUUUUUGUGACCGGUGGAAGAAACGGUGGAUGGGGGAAGGGGCGACGGGGGAAGGAGCGAAAUCGCGGACGUGUUAAUAAGACAGCUGGAAUGUCGAGGAAGUGAGCCGAAAGGAUGAGAGACGAAUGCCCGGUCGCAGGACUAGGACGAUCGGACGCUUCUUGCUCCCCGUUCGAGUGAUAUUCGCGGAACCACGAACAGUAAUUCUGGAGCCCUGGUGCGAUCAUGUCCCCGGCGACGAUGCUCUCUGUCGAUGAACCCGCGUGUCCCUCGCGUUCGAGACGCUUCCACGAAGUCUGAGCGCGAAGGCAGCUAUGUAGGCUGCCUGGUGAACGCCGUCGCCAUGGUGGAGCUGGUGUGCAGCAACUCCUUGAGCCCAGGAACGUAAUCGUCCCGUGAACCCACCGAUUCGCGUCUUAGGAAAGGGUGUCCCGUGUUUGAAAGUCCCGGAAGAGAGGCACCGCGACGCGUGGCGCCAUGUAGAGGUGCAGGAAGAGGCGCAGUCUUCCUCUCGGCGACCCAGCGUGUCGAGUAAUGCUGAAGCACAUCCUAACGGGGCAACCGUCGUCAGCGGGCUCCAGGCAUCACCACAAUGACUAUCAGGCGAGCUCGGGCUCGUUGCACGGCGGCUACCAUCAUCACCAUCAUCACUCCAGCCUUCAUCAGGACCAGCACUACAGCCAAAGCGGGACGGUACGCGCGCCGAAUGGCGGACGGGGCGUCGACGUCUACGACUCGGUGGUUCAUCCGUCUCAGCAGAGGCCGGUGAACACCCACCAAGCCGCGACCACGCCGUCCUCGACGCACAGACACCCGCUGAAUCAUUCUCAGUUGAGCGUGAACAAUCUCUCGCAACGACUGAACCACUCCCACGCCCUGAACCUCUCCACCCUGUCCACGUCGAAGCACUCGGUGAACAGCGUCAGUCCCGUGGCUGGCGGGAACAACAACAAUAACAACAAUAACAACAACAACAACAACAACAACAACGUGACGACCGCGUUGGGACAAACGGCGGUGUCGCAGGUGCCGUUGCACCAGGACAGCAGACCCAAGGCGAACGGAGGUUUCGACAUCUCCAGGCUGUCCAGGUUACCCAGCCAAACGACACCCUCCCCAGCACCUGUGCUUCAAGCUGCGACUGCAGGUGUACAGUUAGCCGGCGGUGGUGGUUCCACCGCGUUCCCGUUGAACGCCUCCUGGUCCUCGUCCCUGUCCAGGAACCACAAAGACUACGAGGCCGGGGCCAAAGAGACCCUCACCAGCCUCGGUCUGUUGUGUUUAGUGUCCCUGCUGCUGGCGUUACUCUCCUUGAUCUUCCUCCUGAAGAUCUCGCCGUUAACGGUCACGCCGAGUAGCUUGAUCAGCCCGGAGGAGUACACGAUAGUGUACGAGGUGACGUUGGCGCUGUGCGCCCUCGCCCUCUCCCUAAAUCUGUGCUGCCUUCUGGUCUGCGCCAUACAGUUCCUCUUCACCGUCAAGCUCGUCAAGACUUCGUAUCAGGGACACUGGAGUAACAAGUACCUGCAAAAAUCGUCCAUCAGCCGCAUAUGCGCUGUCGGAGGCUUUUUCAUUAGCAUUCCUGUCUUUUUAACUGGCAUGAUAUUAUACACGUUCAUCCAGUUUCAUUCGACACCGGCUAUCGUCACGUCGGUUUUCAUUGGGCUUGGCAUCGUAUUUUGUGGAUGCGCCAUGGUCCACAACGUCUUCGUGUGGCAGAGGGAGAAGACGAACGCCGUGAAGGCGUUGGCGCGCGAACAGUGCGAGGCGGCGGUCCAGCUCCAGCGACAGCAGCAGCUCCAGCAGCAUCAGACCGGUCAGCCGCAUCUGCAGCAGCAACAACAGCAACAUCAUCGCGGCCCGUUGACGAUGCAGCACCACUCGGGCUGCGCGACGAAAGUCGGCGCCCCGACGGGCCCAUCGAACCCCAGUAACCACCCGACGCACGGAAGAGCGGCGCAAUACCAGCACUAUCAUCAUCACCAUCAUCAUCGGCACGUGUCGAUGUCACCGCCCCUGUUGCUCUCAUCGCCGGCUCCAAUGGCGGCGACGCACAAUCACCUGAACGUCAGCAGCCACAGGAACAUCGUCACGCCGCCGGACACGCCCGGGGACAGGUCGCCACCGAGUCCGGGGAACAAGCUGAACAGGUCGCAACAUCUACCGCGAGAGGCCAGCGGCAGCGUCAGCCCUGGACUUCCGGCGGCCACCCUGGAUCUCAGCAGCGCCGCGACCACCAACAGCCCCCACGAACUCUCCACUCUGGUCUAGAACCGAGUACGGAGCCUCGGCAGUGUGCCGCCGCGAUCUUUUACUUUGAUCCAGUCGCUGCGACCAAUGAUCCUCGCAAUCUGUCCAUCGACAGUGAAUCAGAAGACUUUAAGGGGUUGCCCCUUUUGCGCGAAUCAACAAUAGGUAAUACAGUAGUCCCUCGUUUGAGGAUCCACUCUAAUUUGAAGCCUGAAAGAGAUGGCGUUGCUCGGGAAUCUUUAUUGGGUAAAGUAACAACGAUAUCUGAACCGUUCUAGAACCUUGGUACUAUUGGGAGACGAGAUGUUGAAGCACAUUACCCCCAAAACUAAAUGACUCCGCUUAAAUUUUUCUGCUCUUCAGGUUCUUGGUUAUUAUUGGCUAAAUCGAUCGCGUAACGAAGAAUACGACAGAGUAAGGUGCAGCAACGAUGAACGACAUUGGCGUAGACGUAAACUCAGAAUGUUAACUAUCAAUGGGACAAAUAUGUUUUUUGUACUUAUUGCACAGGGCGUCCCGUAACAUGUGCAGUUUGUAAUGUCGCUAAAGUAUCUACUGGGCGGUUCAGAAAUACAUCUAAAUACUCCAGGAGCUGAAUUUAGAAGCUCUUCAAAUUCUAUUACAAUAUAUUGUAACCUUUGGAUUUUCGAAUUGUCGCAUUUUGAACUUUUGCCAGAAUUUCUCUCGCCUGACUGUGUGUCGUUUAGUGUCUCAAAAUUGCGUCUCCGAAUAGUACUUGUCCUCUUCUUUCAAUUAAACCAAGUCGGCCAGAUUUCUUGCGGAGACGUUUGGGCGAGACUUUAUGUUCGAAACCGAUCGAACUCGAACGAACCGCUCAAAUGGAUUUUUAAUUACACAGCUGCCGGCCACUCGAGUCGAUAGUCUCUCAAGUUAAAAAAAGAAAAUAAACAGUGGUAGUAGUGAGACCGUCGCAAGUAUCCCUAAGACUUGGGGUCUAUUGAAGAGUCUUGCUCUCAGAAGUUAAGGGUUUUUAGAAAAGUCGACCUUGUGGCAGUGACGAGUGACGAGGCAACUUCUACUACAAAAACGUAUCUGUGUGAAAGAACCGUUGAUUCUUGAGAAGAAAACUCACCAACGGAUCCCAGACAUGACGCAGACUGGUGCAAGAAACGAGACAGUACUAUAUUUACAAACUUUCCCGAUAUUAAUUAACACUGCCACGCCUGUUUUCUAUAUCUAGGAAUGUCAUUUUUUGAGGAUACAAGCGAUGGUCGUUCCUUUUGUAUUGCUGAAUUUAAUCUAUCCGUUUCUUUCUGAUCAAAAUAAGUUUAAACAGGACUUAGUUUCGACUAUUUUUAAUUAUAAUGUAUUUAAAUUGUUUCUAAAUAUCUUUCAACUACGUAUAAUUAAAAAUAGUCUGACCAGUCUCACCAAUCUAUUGAUAAUUCUCUUAUAAAGAUGCAAUGAGAUAUACAAAUUGUAUAAUUUGCAUUAGUAGCUGCCACGUGGCGCCGCUUUCAAGGUCAGCAAGUCAGUUUUUUUUAGAUCCACAGUUGCCGACCCUGUAAAUCGACGAGUAUCCCACAUCAAAGAAAAAAAUUUACGUGGAGAUGACUCCUGCAUCUUUUCGGCGGGGACAAGACUUAGUCGACUAGCGUGGGAAUACUGUACUUGUGAUUUUUGUAAAGAAACUACAAAGUAUUUUAGUUUAUAAUCUUGCUUAUAUAUUUAUUCGUGUUUGGAAAGGGUUUACAAAUUUUUAUACGAAAAGAAAGUUAAUAUUUAAAAAGUUAUAGGCUGGAAUGUAAGUCGUGUGUUACGCCAUGACUUCUACGGCAUCCUUUCAGUUUAAGAUCAGUAAUUCAGAGUUAGUCAUCUAUAAAAUUUUUAUCCCAGUUCGUAGACAACAAUCAGUAAAAAAAAAUGAAACGCAACAAAAUGACAGCAUAUAACGUGAGAAACAGGACUUGCUGAAAGGAAAUGAAUCCUUGAAUCUGAGAAAAAAUAUCGGUCUUGAAAGCGAGUACUACUGUAAUUGAAUUCUUCUGAAGCAGCUUAAAAUUAAAAAGGAAAAGUUGUAGAUUGAGUUUUGAAAAGUUACAGUUUGUUGAGUCGUAUCAUUGGAGCAGAAACAUUAUUUGUUAAAUUACGUUUAACUUUGUUGCACGUUCCGAAACUUUCGAACGAUUUGCAACGGAAUAAGUAAGGUUGAUUUGUUAGUGGCGUGGGAGAGCAACGAGUGACCGUUUCCAAAGAAAGAAUUACAGUAAUGAGGCAUUUGCAAGAUAAUAUAAAUGUUUUACGUACGACGAGCUUAAAUUAUAAAAUUGAUUAAGAAGUCGAUUUCUAACAAGCCGAAUAUUCGAAAUUGUUAUAAAGAAAAUUGUUAAAAAUAUCGAAGUUGCUCGUUGACUGUCAUGGAUCGGAAACGAUACGUCUGCACAUAAAGACAACUAAUUUAUACCCGCAUGGAUCUUGCCAUUUCUUUAUUAUUAUUAUUAAUCAUGCGAAACCUCUAGUCCUAGGUUACUUUCGUUUUCACGAAAGAAUAAGAUUUUCGGAUUCUGACUAUCGCGCGAUCAUGCGAUUACAAGUUCUUCGUAGCGUAUGUGUAAGAAGCUUUUACAGAGUUCAAAUCUCGAAGUAUAGAAGGCUGAGUCGUUGGUUGACAAAUAAUUAAGGGCAUUCCAUUAAAAAUAGAGUGAAUCCAUUUUUAUCGAACGAGUUGAUCCCUUCGUGACGAUCAAAUUGUUUACCAUCGUUUCAGUAAAUUUCUAUUGCUGUUACAAUAUCAGUUGUGUAUUUUCCUUUUAUGAUUUAUUCUUUAAGGCUGGUACUUGUAAUCGUAUUUAGUGUGAUUUUUCAAUUUAACAGUAAAUCGACGAAAAAACCAAUCUACAUUAUACAGUACUUAAUUUAGAGGUUAAAAGAAGCUGAAGUUGAAACAAACUGACAUCUGCACGAAGGGGUUAAACGUAUGUUUGUUUUUUAUUGUAUGCAUUUUUUCUAAUUUUCUUUUACAAUUAUCAGUUUAAUUUCACGCAUCACAUUAAAAAUGUGUUGAAUUAUUGUAUUACGCGUACAAUGUAUGCAAACGUACGUGUUAUCAGGCCGUGGCAAUCGAUAAUUUGAGAUUUGAACUUUAUCAGAUUUAUAUCGAAUGUAAAUCAUCUUGAUUCUACUAUUUAAUCGUUUAUACUUUGUGUUUGUUCCUUUUUAUGCAGGCUAUAGCUUAAUCGCUUCCAAUAAUUACAAAUACUAAGUUGGAGACCGAUAUAAGUUUAGAUUUAAACGCUUAGAGUUAUUCGAACGGCAAGAAACAUACAUUUUGCUGUAUGUGCCCCCCGUAAAAGACAAUCAAUUCUUUGUAUAGAGCAAAUUAUAAGAAUAACAAUAUAUAUAUAUAUAUAUAUAUUGUUAUUCUUAUUAGUAGAGUGUUUAUUUUCGAAUU